AUGACGGCAAAACAAUACACGUUCAAGAUUCUUAUAAUUGGGGAUCCUGGUACCGGUAAAACCUCUAUUAUAAGACGAUUCGUACACGACGUAUUCACUGCAAAUUAUAAAGCAACGAUAGGCGUAGAUUUCGCUAUGAAGAAAAUGACUUUGGACGACGACGUGCAAGCAUACCUACAAAUAUGGGAUAUUUCUGGGCAAGACCGUUAUGGCGUUAUGACCAGAGUGUACUACAAAGAUGCAAAUGCUGCCAUUAUCGUCAUGGACGCCACCAACAAUCAAACCAAAGAAGGGGCUUGUCGGUGGAAAGCGGAUCUGGACCAGAAACUCAUAUUGACUGAUGGAAACCAUAUACCAUCAGUUUUAGUAGUUAAUAAGUGUGACUUAGAAAAUGAUGUAAGCGAAGAAGAUUUGAUGACUAUGAAAAGUAAUAAUGGUUUUGUCGAAGUUAUGCGAGCAUCAGCCAAAGAGGACUUCGGAAUCCAAGAAGCUUUUACAGCUGCUGUGAAGCGAAUAAUUGCGUGCGAAAGAAAUGGUCAGUACGAAAUGACGUCCACCAGGCGGGCUGGGAAUGUUUUCCUUUACGAUAAUGAUAAGCAGCAAACGAAACGACCGAGUUGCUGUAUUUCAUCACUCCGUGAUCUAUUUUGA